AUGGAAAUUGUCCUGACUACCAUCCUGGGAAAGGACUACUUUGAUGGUGUGGAAGAAUCCAGACAAGGCCAUGACAGCGACCUAACUGAAUUCCUGAUGGAAACAAGGCAGAAAUCUUUCAACUGGAUUAUCAAUCAGGAUCCACUGCAAUUGGAAUAUGAUGCUCCAAAUUUAUUUCAGAGAUUCCUUGUGGUGCUUUUCUACUAUCAAACCACAAGGCACAAAUCAUGGAAAGAGUGCAAUCCACCAGCAACUUCUCAGGUGAGUGCAUCAUCCAAUUUCUGUUAUGCACUGGACGCUGCAACAGGGGAAACAACCAACAACAUCUGGGGGGAUCGGUGGCUCUCUGUCAGUCAUGAAUGCCAAUGGGCUGGGGUUACUUGUGAGACUGGACAAAGAGAAGAGCAAGAGGCUGUGGAACUGGAUCUUCGGUGGAAUCAGCUCAAUGGCCUUCUCCCAUGGGAGAUUACAAGAUUGCCACAGCUAAAAAAUCUUGAUUUACAUCACAAUAUGCUGACUGGAGUGAUGCCCCAAAGGCUCUUUACCAACCAAUCAGGCCUUGCCUUGGAGAUUCUCUUCUUGGGCAAUAACCAACUCUCAGGACCCAUCCCUGCAAGAUGGUUUGAAGAAGCUGCAAAACUUACCAAUGUUGAAACCUUUUCAAACAGACUGACUGGAAGAAUUCCAUCAGAAGUGGGGCUACUCCCUAUGAAGAAUCUGAAUUUUGGCAACAAUUCACUGACAGGAUCUCUGCCAGUGGAAGUGUUCUAUCAGGGCUCUCUUGAGUGGCUAAUUUUGAGUGACAAUGAUCUUACUGGUACUCUGCCAAGUAAAGUUGGGUUGUUGGCCAACCUGGAAUAUCUUGACUUGAGCGGCAACAGUGUAUCAGGAUCCCUGCCUUCAGAGAUUGGUCUGGCAAACCAAAUGCAAUAUUUGAAGGUUUCCUACACCAACAUGCAAGGGACACUCCCUGAAGAAUUGUAUGGACUGAGCAAAUUUAAGACGUUGGAGUUGGACAGUUGCAACUUCUCUGGGACCAUCAGUUCAUCCCUUGGUCUUCUGACAGACCUUGUGCAACUGGGCCUAUCCAUUAACAACUUCCAUGGUACAAUUCCCAAUGAAAUUGGCGCGCUGACAAAGCUGCUUCUAUUGCGGGUGAAUGGGAAUGCGCUGACAGGCACAGUUCCAGAUUCUGUCUGCCAAAAUCUUGCAUAUCUUGAGCAUAACAGUCAUUAUGAAGCUGCAUUGGGGGCUGACUGUUUGCCCAGCACAGAAACUGGAGUCCCCACAAUUGAGUGUGCUGUUGAUUGCUGUACCAUGUGCUGUGACAAUACGCUGUAUUGCCUUGCCAAUUGA